AUGUUUUCCUUGGACACACAGCAGUGGCCCUUCUCAGGGGUCACCACCACGGCACUGCUCAUCGUGUUGCUGUAUGCGAUUCUGUAUCAAUUGCAGUAUGUCAAGAGGGAUCCUAGGGAGCCGACCAUUGUUGGCUCCUCUAUUCCAUUCAUAGGCCAUCCUCUGCAGAUGGUCUUGGAGGGUGGUAAAUAUGUAAAGGAGCUGGGUAUUGUGCACCGCAGCAAGCAGAUCUUCACUCUGCCGGUGCCGGGAUCGCGCAUCUACAUCGUGACGGACCCGGCCUUGGCGAGCGCCGUGCAGCGGGCGUCCAAGGCCCUGUCCUUCACGCCGCUGAUCGCCGACGCCACCAAGCGGGUCAUGGGCCUCGACGCGGCGACCGUCGACAUCGUCCGCCAGAAUGUAGACCCGGAACCCGGCGAGCCCCGCGGCUUCCUGGCCGACCUCCACGACGUGAUCUACACGAGCCUGGGCCCCGGCCCGCUGCUCGACGAGUUCAGCCUCGAUGCGGCGCGGGAGAUGGCGCGGCAGGUCAACGCCUUCACCGACGGCCUGCGGGCGCGGCCCGGCGGCGACGGCGAGACGCUCGACCUGCUCUCGUGGAUGCAGCACCUCGUCACCGUUGGCACGGCCAGGUUCAUGUACGGGCCCAAGAACCCGAUCGCCGCGCACCCGGAGCUGGAGCAGGCGUUCUGGGACUUUGACCACGGCCUCGGCCUCCUGCUGAUCAACGUCUUGCCCGCCGUCACGGCGACCAAGCCCUACCGCGGCAGGGAGGCGCUGGUCAGGGCCUUUGCCGAGUACAUCGAGGCCGGGCACCACCACCGGGACGCGGCGGUCAUCUCGCGCAUGCACAUCGAGACGAGCGCGAAGCACGGGUUCAGCCUGGACGGGCAGGCGCGCGGCGAGGUGUCGUUCCUGUUUGCGGGGAUCAUCAACACGGCCAUCACGACCUUCUGGCUCGUGCUGCGCAUCUUUGCCGACAGGGAUAUCCUGGCGGCCGUGCGGGCCGAGAUCGAGGCCGCCGCGGCCUCGACGGUGCCGGAGGAGGAGAAGGAGGAGGAGGAGGAGGAGGACGGGAAGGGCAUUGCCGACGACGAGAUCGUGCUGGGCCUGGACGCGGUGCGCACGCGGUGCCGGACCCUGCACGCCGUGUUCCGCGAGUGCCUGCGCGUCGGGUCGGACAACUACUCGACCCGGCUCGUCAAGCAGGACACGCUGCUGGCGGACCGGCACUUCCUGGCCGCCGGCUCGGUCGUGCAGAUCUCGGGCGGGACGAUGCACGCGGACGAGGGGAUCUGGGGCGCCGGGGCGGCGCGGGGCGGGGCCGGGUUCGACCACGAGCGGUUCCUGCGGAUCGACGGCCGGGAGGCGCAGGUGCACCCCGCCGCGUUCCGGGCGUUCGGCGGCGGCAGGACGCUGUGCCCCGGACGGCACUUUGCGACGUCGGAGAUCCUGGCGCUGGCGGCGGCGCUGGUGGCCGUGCUGGACGUGGAGGGCGACUGCGAGGGCGGGGGGCUGCGGGUGCCCGAGAAGAACGACCGGGUGCUGCCUAUUCACAUCUUGGAGCCUAGGGCCGAGGACAAGGUCGGCGUGAGGGUGCGGCUCCGGGGUGGAGGCCCGGGGAAGAGAGUGAGGAUUGUGGCAUGA